AUUUAAUGUUUAUAAAAUGGAGCUCGAAAAAUUGAUGUGCGAUUCUAAUGAAUAAGGUAAUAUGUCACAACAUUAGCUUAUUUUUAAAUGGGCGUAAAGAACGGAUAUGAUAGUAAAAAAUAAGCAUCUAGCGAAUAAGAACGAUGCUACCAUUUCUCACUAAAAUAGGGAGGAGGAGGUUCAAGUAACGCGAGGAUUAGGAAUGACAACAAAACCCGAACUCACGGGUACCCACCCGACCCAACCCGGUCAAUGUAGGUAAAAUCCGUGUUAACGGGUUUUGGGUGGGGUUCGGAUUUAAACCCAUUACACUAUUCAUCGGGUUGGGUUGGGUUUGGGUUUAGGUAAACCCGCCCCAUGGGUACUCGCCCACACACAUAUAAUUACUUUCCCGGCAUAUUUAAUAUUCUAAAUAAUAUAUCUUUCUUAAACAACUAAUUUGAUUUAUGUUUGUGGAGACAUGUAUAAUUUGUUCUUUCUAAUUGUUUAGAAUGAAGUUGAUAUUAUGAAGUGGAGAGUGAAGAAACUUAGUUGACGAGAAAGAAGCUUUUAAUUAAUCUUAUUGUUUAUAGAUGUUUAUCUUUAAUUUUGAAUAAUUUGUAUUGAUCAUUUGCGGUUUGCUUGUAUUCUCUAUAUUGGUAUUUUUUUGUAUGAAUAAUUUGUAUGAGAAAAUUGAUGUUAAACUUUUAUUUUGAAAGAAACUUGUUAUUGUAAAUUUCUUACCACAAAAACCCACGGGUACCCAUGAAGUCGCGGAUACCCAGCGGGUUGGGUUGGGUUUGAGUUUUUCAAACUCAGCGGGUUUUACUCCGGGUUUUUUUUGGCGAAUAAACCCAUGGGUUUGGGUUUGGGUUUGACAAAACCCGCCCCAACCCGACCCAUUGCCAUCCCUAGCGAGGGUGCUAACAAUUUCAAAAAAAAAAUUCAUAAAUAAAAAUAAUGGACUUGAGUCGCUUAUGUAAUGUUCAUCAAACUUAGCUUAGAGAAACAUACGAGUAACCUUGGUGAAUACUGCGAUCUGUCACGUAAUCAAGGUUGAAUCAUUUCAUAUUGUUGGAAACCGCAAACCGAUUUAGAUCCUCGUAAGAGGUACGCUCAGUCAGACCGUCGGUAGAGUAUUGUUUUACAAACACGACUAUAUUAACUUAGGGUCGUUUGCCUGUUGGAUUUGAAAAUGAGGGUUUUUGGGUUUUAAAAAGCUUUGAGUUUAGGGUUAAUAUUUUCGUAUGGCCUGAACUUUGACCAAAAUAAAUAUCCUGACCAAUCUUUUCGAUCUAUAACAUCCUGGCCCGAACUAUACACCAAAAUAAACAAUUUGGCCAAAUUCAACUUUUGACUGUUAACUUGGACGGUCAAACGCGUUGACCGUUAGUCAACGCGCCAUGUCACUGCCAAGUCAGCAUAAAAUAUUUAAAAUAAUUCACAAUUUCCACACAUUCCCUAAUUUUAAAUUAUUAUAAAUUAAAAAAAUCAUCUAAUACCUUAGUUAAACCAAAAAUAAAAAAAAAAUUUAAUAUUUAUCAGAUCUUCUGACUUGGUAGUGACGUGGCGCGUUGACCGUUAGUCAACGCGUUUGACCGUCCAAGUUAACGGUCAAACAUCGGGUUUGGCCAAUUGUUUAUUUUGGUGUAUAGUUCGGGCCAGGAUGUUAUAGAUCGAAAAGAUUGGUCAGGAUGUUUAUUUUGGUCAAAGUUCAGGCCAUACGAAAAUAUUAACCCUUGAAUUUAUGAUGAAUUUGUUGCACUAUGGAUUUGGAAGACUACAUUGUUUGUUUAGUUAAUUUUUAUCAUAGAUUUAUGAUAGAUUUGUCUCACAACUUUGCCUUCUAUUAUCAAAUCCCAAAUGAAAUAUGGGAUUUGCAAAUCCGUGGGCUCCAUGGAUUUGUGUCCCUUAGCAAACAAUAGAUUUGUAUCAAGUCCUUGAUGUUUGAGAUUUAAAUGCCAAAUCCAUCACCCAAAUGGCCAAAUCCCACAAGCAAAUGAUACCUUAGUCUUUAUAAAAACGGCGCUAUAGGGGAAUAGAUGCAUGAUCCUGGUGAAUAAAACAAUCUGUCACAAAAUUAGCUUCUAUAGUUGUGUUUGAAUACGAAUUGAUCUUGAAAAAGUAAGUAUUUGGCAAGGGGGAAAGAAGAAAGAAAAGGAAGAAACUUUCUUGGACCUCCUCUGUUUUCCUAUAAAUACUCCUCCCUUCCACAAACUCAUUCUUCACCAUAAGCUUCCACUCCCCUGUUUCACAUAACACUUACCAUCUGCCGUUAUUCGCCAUGAAGGUGGCAAUCAAAGAGAAGACCAUGGUCCGGCCGGCGGAAGACACGCCGAGGCAGCAGCUCUGGCUGUCCAAUUUGGACCUACUGCAGCUCAAAGCUCACGUCAGGACAGUCUACGCAUACACUAACUCGACGACCGACUCCUCCGAGUUCUUCUUCGACGCCAAAGUGCUGAAGGACGCACUGAGCCGGGCCCUGGUGCCGUUCUAUCCCAUGGCGGGGAGAUUAAUCGGGCCAGAGAAAGGUAAAGGGAGCGGGAGGCUGGAAUUGGAGUGUAAUGGAGAAGGUGCCCUGUUUCUGGAGGCCGAAACAGAGUCCUCCAUCGACGAGCUCGGAGAGUUCGUGCCCUCGCCGGAGGUCGAACUUGGGGAGCUUGUUCCUGGUGUUGAUUACUCCCAGGAGAUCUCCUCUGUUCCAAUGCUUGUUCUUCAGGUAACAAGGUUCAAGUGUGGCGGAGUAUGUCUAGGCAUCGGAGUCCACCACAUGGUAGCGGACGGAGCGUCGGCGCUCCAGUUCAUCAACACCUGGUCAGAGAUGGCUCGAGGUGGCGGCUGCAUACUACGCAACACAGCCGCCACCACGGUGCAAUCUUUCGACCGAACCAUUCUCAGAGCUCGAGACCCACCGACCCCGAAAUUUCACCACACCGAAUACGACACUCACCCAACCAUGGUCAUUCCCACUCCAUUAAUCCCAUCCACUCCCAUCAUCCACAUGAUGAAAAUCACACAAAACCAAAUCACAUCCCUAAAGAACAAAGCCAACAUCACCCUGUCAGGAAACAGGUACAGCAACCACGACAUCCUGACAGCCCACAUAUGGCGGUGCGCUACCAGAGCACGCGGCCUGCCCGACGGGCAGCCGACCAAGCUGCAGAUAUCGGUCGACGGAAGGUCGAGACUGAACCCAACGAUGCCUCCGACGUUCUUUGGCAACGUGAUCUUUCACGCCACCCCCAUUGCCACUGCAGGGGAACUUGCAGCAGAGACCAUCGCGGAUACUGCUGACAGGAUUCGACGAGCGAUAAGCAGGAUGGACGACGAGUACCUGAGGUCCGCGAUAGACUACCUGGAGGAUCUGGGGAGUAAGGAUGGUGUGAUACGAGUUCCGGGGACUUGUCGGUCGCCUAACCUGAAGCUGGUGAGCUGGAUUCGACUGCCUUUCAGGAAUGCCGAUUUCGGGUGGGGGAGUCCGAUUCUGAUUAGGAAAGCUGCGGAUUACAAUGAAGGGACGGGGCACAUUUUGCCUCCAGGGGAUGAUGGGAGUCUGCGUUUGGUGAUUUGCUUGGAGGCUGGUGUUGUGGAGGCAUUUCAGAAGUUUUUCUAUGAGACUUAGUAUGACGAACGACGCGAUGAAAUGAGUUGGAUUCAUGAAUUCGUAGACAGAACGGUCGAAUUUUUUUAACAGAUUAUAAUUGGAUACUUUUUCACUAUGUAGUUUACGCAUUCCCUGCCUCUUCCAAGAUGUAAGUUCAAAUCUGGAAGAAUAAAAAAAACGUUCUUGUAGCCCCUUCUCAUUCGAAAUCAUGUCUUCGUCGGGGCUAGCUACUAGCCAGUAGCUACUCCUUCACUUGAAACAUCUCUGAGAUGUCCAACUUAGCUUGUUGAUAUUUCUAACGCCACAUCUAAAGUCAUUAAAACUUCUUUCAAAAUGAAAGAAAUUGUCCAAGGAAUCGUCCUAAAUGUGUAUAUAUUUAUCUUUAUAAAAAUAAACAUGUACGUUUGGAUAUAAAAAUGUAUUAUAUUUUUAGUUUACUAUAAGUCAAUAUCAACUCUUAGCAACCAUAGCUGUUUUUUUUUACGAUAUAUUAGUUAUCAAUAAAUUAAUAUUUGAUAAUUUAUACUUUCUUAACUAUUAAACUUUUAAAUGAUUCUUGCCAAUAAAGUUAUGUGGUUAAUUUAUCAUUGCAAUAUACCAAUAGUUCAAUUUCUUGAAUUUUCUAAUUCUACUUCAAUGCAUAAUUAUCUCAGCUUGUUUUGGAGCUAAUUUAAAUGAAAGUUAAUAAUAACUAGUCAUAUGAGGAAAUGUAUUUUAAACAAUUUAUACUAAAUAUAAGAAAGAAUACAAGCUUCUUAUAAAAUUGGAAAAAGCAGUAAACUAGGAUUACCUCAUCAAUAGAAACACAUAAACUAAAUACUUACUAAUGUAAAAAUCCACAAGUAACAUAAAUAUUAUUUUCAAAUCAUGAAUAAACUAUUUAGAAAACCGUAAAACAUAUGAAAAUGUGAAUGGAUUUAUUAAUAUAAAACUAGCGUGGGCCCCGGCCAUUUGGCCGAACGAAGAUGAGGUAUGAAAUUUGAUAAUAUAAUAGGGUGUAUAGCUUAUUAUUGUAUAGUUUUUUUUUUUUGGGAAACACGUGAUAAAAAUAGUGAAUUUUAGUAGAAAAGAGACAUGAAUGAUGCAACGAAUCAAUAAUCAGCCUUAUGAACCAAAAUCAAGUAUCUGUUACCUUGUGAAACAAUAUUGUUUCUAGUAAUAUGAUGAGGUGGAGUAAGUUUUGUAGAAAAUGAAUUCUAGAAAAUCAAAUAAAAAAUCGCCUAUCCCGUCGGUUUUCGGGAAAUGAGCAUCUCACAAUCGUUGCUAGCUUUUACUCGGCCCGUUGGCUAAUUAAUUUGCUUAAUAAAACUUUCAUCUUCUCAUCAUUGUGCUUUCUAGUUUUUUGCCAAGCCAUAAUAAAAUCUAAAGAAAUCAAGAAUGAACAACACGAUUUGGGAUAGGAACCACCGUUCCUGUAUCCCUAGAAAAUGAUGGUAAACACAGACUCACCUGCCAAACUGGUUUGGAUUGAGAUUUUUAUAGGGUAUCAGGGAACCAUGUGAUUAUAAAUUAGACUUGAUCAAUACGGGCCAAAACUUGAAAUUCAGCCUAUUUGACCGACCCAUGCCAAACUCUAAUUAUUCUUUACUUUUAAACUUUAUAUUUGAAAAUAAAAAAUAAUGAAAGAAAAGAGAUGACUGCAAUUCACCAUUUGCACAUCACUGAUUCGGGAAUAAAACUAUAGAAUUUCG